GGAACAGGAGGAGGAGGCCGAGGAGGAGGAGGAGGAGGAGGUAAAAGUGGCGGCUGGGGUAGGACGAGAGAAUACGCGGAGGUUGAGGUGAGGGAGGAGGAGGAAGAGGGAGAGGACAGACGCUGGCGCCAGCGAUGUAGGCCUUGGUCCUGCACAAUGGACAUGUUCUCGAUGCUUAAACAUUCCAUGGGGUCCGAUGUGAACCCCAUCACCAAGCACUUCACUAUCGGAAAGCAAACGGGCAGUGCGGGGGUGGAGAUGAUAUGGAAGAUAUACGACGCAGUUCGCAUUGAGGAUAAAAAGGAAGCCUGCGUGUUCGUGUUUGAGAAGCGCAUAGCGGACAAGCUGCACAAACCACGACGACGGGAAGUUGUCGCCGAAACUCUCCGAAAGGAUGUGUCGUAUUUGCAGCAGCUCAAACACCCCAAGAUACUGGGAGUCCUUCACGGGAUAGAGGAGUGCCAUGACAGCCUCGCCUUCGCCACAGAACCGGUGUUUGCCAGCCUGGCCAAUGUGCUGGGCAACCAUGAGAGACUCCCGGCAAACGUUUCCUCGGAGGUCCGGGACCACGACUUUAUCGAGCUGGAGAUUAAACACGGCAUUGUGCAGAUCACUGACGCUCUGUCGUACCUCCACAAUUCAGAGCGGCUCAUCCACUGCAACAUCUGCCCGCAGUCCAUCCUACUCACCCGCAAGGGAGGCUGGAAGCUCAUGGGGUUCGGCUUUGCGGAGAAGAUAAAGGAUGGAAAG